AUGUUCUUCAACAACCUCAACAUCAUUCAAUUUGGUUUGCUGUUGCUUCAAGGCAGCACUACCUUCGCGAAACAUAUCAGUUCUCGAACCUGUAAUAAUUGCUCUUGCGCUAUUGCAGAAACGCUAGGCCCCAAGCUCUCCGCUGGAGCUUCAUGCUCCUACUCUACCGCGGCAGCACCGAGAUGGAGUGAAUUUGAUGCUCCUGACCCAGGUCUUGUUGUGAAUGUAGCUACUGAAUCGGAUGUCCUUAUUACUGUUCAAUACUGCAAUGAAAACAACAUCAGUUUUCUGGCUCAAAAUGGUGGUCACGGCUGGGGUCAGACUUUCCACCUUGGUCUUGAAGGUCUUCUGAUCAACUUGGGCGGCCUGAAUAGUACCACUUUCAAUGCAGAUAAGACAGAAGCAACCAUCCAAGGCGGAGCAUUGGUCAGGAGUGUUGUUGAUGCAGCUUAUUCAAAUGGCGCACAAAUCCCCACCGGCAAUUGCAAUUGUGUUGGCGCACUAGGCGCCAUUCUAGGUGGAGGUUUUGGUCGUCUCAUGGGACUUUACGGACUUGGUGUUGACAACUUACUUUCUCUCAAUGUGGUCACUGCAGCUGGAACGCAGCUCACAGUAACACCAGAAACCGAGGAAGAGCUCUGGUGGGCUUUACGAGGCGCGGGUCCUAACUUUGGCAUCGUCACGUCGGCAACCAUUACAUCUUAUCCCGUGACAACAGCUGAGAAUGGGGCUUGGGUCGGAAGCUGGAUCUUUACAGAGGAUCAAAUCGAGGAUGUCGUUGAAGCAGUCAACGAUUUGGAUCUUUUGCCAGAGAUGGCUGUUUUCCUCUACUAUGCAGUUUCGGAUGGAACUCCAGUGGUGCUAGUCAGUGGUUCAUAUGCGGGAGCAAACAAUAGUGAUGGUCCGAACGCAUUUGCUUCCAUCACAGCCGUUGGACCUGUAGUGGAAGAAGCAGCUUGGUCGCCCUUCGAUGAAGUCAAUGCAUCAGGCGAUUCCUUUUGCGCAAAGGGGGGAUAUAAGCCAGCUUACGGUGCCGGACUCGCACAAUUGGUGCCAGCAACAUGGCGCUCAAUUUGGAACGAAUUCGUUGAUUUUAUAGCAAUUAACGGCACGUCGGCCAGCACUGUAAUGGUCGACUGCUACCCCAUGGAAAAGACUCGGACUCUACCCGAUUCCUCUUCGUCCUAUCCUUGGAGAUCCACUAUCAAUUGCAAUGCUGCAGUUAUUCCGUGGUAUGAUGAUGCUAGCUUGAAUGCUGCUGCAGUGUCAUUUGGGAAAUCUGUCAGAAGUUUGUGGUACGAGACCAGCGGGACAGCAACGAAUGCAACGUAUAUCAAUUAUGCGGUAGGAGACGAACCAUACUCUGUUGUCUACGGUGACAACUUGGCGACAUUAGAAACUCUUAAGGGUGUAUGGGAUCCGACGGGGAAGUUCGACCAGUUUUUCCCUUUAUAA